GGCGGGGCCGGUGGGUCCGAGCCUCCUCCGGCUGCAGGUGGUGUGGCUGCGACCCCUCCCGCCCACCGCCCGCUUCCCGGCCCCUCGCCCGGCGCCGCUGACAGGAGAGAUUUACCCAGUGUCUGAGCAUCAUGGAGCUUCUAGGUUCGACUCUAACGGCGACUUAUGCCCACCCCAGACCGACACCAACCAGUCUUCUACCAGCCAUUAGUACCAUGGCCUCCAGCUAUAGGGACCGCUUCCCCCACUACAACCUGACCCACAGCCUGAGCCUGCCUUGGAGACCAAGCACCUACUACAAGGCGGCCUCCAACUGGCCAGCGCUGGACCCGUACUGCACGAGAGCCCAGAGCGUGUCCCAGAGCGCCAUGCUCCCCUUCGUCUCCAACAGAACCACCCUCUUCACCAGGUACACACCUGACGACUGGUACAGGUCCAACUUAACCAACUAUCUCGAGUCCAACACUUCCCGACACAACUCAGAGAGGCUGAGAGUAGACACAUCUCGCUUGAUCCAAGACAAGUACCAGCAAACCAGGAAAACCCAGGCCGACUCCACCCAGAAUCUGGGAGAACGGGUCAAUGACAUAGGAUUUUGGAAAUCUGAAAUCACGCAUGAGUUGGAUGCAAUGAUUGGAGAGACAAAUGAACUAACUGAUGUCAAGAAGAAACUGGAGAGGGCUCUGAUGGAGACGGAAGCCCCUCUUCAGGUAGCCCGAGAAUGUCUAUUCCAUCGAGAGAAGAGAAUGGGCAUCGAUCUAGUUCACGAUGAAGUGGAAACAGAGCUGCUGACGGAAGUUGAUAUUAUUCUGUGCUGUCAAGAAAGGAUGAAGCUGCAUUUGGACAAGGCCAUUGCCCAGCUGGCAGCUAGCAGAGCUUCCCAGCACGAGCUGGAGAAGGACCUGAGUGACAAGCAGGCGGCUUACCGCAUCGACGACAAGUGCCACCACCUGCGGAACACGUCGGACGGCAUCAGCUACUUCCGCGGGGUGGAGAGAGUGGAUGCCACGGUCUCCGUGCCUGAGUCCUGGGCCAAAUUUACUGAUGACAAUAUUCUUCGCUCCCAGAGUGAGCGAGCUGCUUCUGUGAAGCUAAGAGACGACAUCCAGAACCUCCUGGUGGUGACAGCCAACGAGAUGUGGAAUCAGUUCAACAAAGUGAACCUGGCUUUCACCAACCGCAUUGCCGAGACUGCAGAUGCUAAAAAUAAGAUGCAGAUUCACCUGGCAAAGACCCUGCAGGAGAUCUUCCAGACGGAGACGACCAUCGACUCCAUCAAGAAGGCCAUCAGGGACAAGGCGGCCUUCCUGAAGGUGGCGCAGACCAGGCUGGACGAGCGCACGCGGAGACCCAACAUCGAGCUGUGCCGAGACAUGGCUCAGCUGCGCCUGGUUAACGAGGUAUAUGAGGUGGACGACACCAUCCAGACCCUGCAGCAGCGCCUGAGGGACGCGGAGGACACCCUGCAGUCGCUGGUCCACACCAAGGCCACCCUGGAGCACGACCUGGCGGUCAAAGCCAACUCGCUCUACAUCGACCAGGAGAAGUGCAUGACCAUGCGCAAGAGCUUCCCCAGCACCAUGCGGCUGGUGGGCUUCUGCUAGGGCGCCGGCGGAGCGCAGGUGAUGCUGCGGGGCAGGGCGGAACCAGGGCGCAUGCGCACGCCUCCCGGAAGGCUGAGGGAUGGAUUCACGCAGGUAUUAAAGGAUCGUCUUCGC